AUGGAGAAAAGCAGGUCAUUUCCACAGUAUUCAUCAUCUUAUUCAUACAGCAAUGAAUUUGGAUUUCAACAAGAAGAAGAUGGUUCCAAAUCAAACUACAACAAUUCCUCAUCAUCUUCUUACACUUUCAAUGGUCCAUCAAGUGGAAACGAUCCAGAAAUGAAAAGGAAGAAGAGGAUUGCAGCUUACAACAUGUUCACUACUGAAGGUAAACUCAAGGCCACCAUGAGGGACAGCUUCAAAUGGAUCAAGUCCAAAUUUAGUACCGAUGUCCGUUAUGGGACUUGA